AUGCGUGACCGGGCGAUAUCCCCUCCGUCUCCUCGGCCACAUCUGCAGAUCUUCAACUUCCUCCAGGCACCAUCCACCCUUAACUCAAGCUUCACACUAUUUCCAUUGCUACCACCCGAGAUUCGUUUAUUGAUAUGGCAUCACUCCUUGCGACGCCAGCGCAUUGUCGAUGUAGCUCUGGAGGCUUGCACACAACGUGAUGCUCCGUAUGGGUGCACUGAUGGCAAGCAGCAUCGAGCCGUAGUCUCCGGACACCAAGUACUCAGCAAGUUACUGCGCGUGAAUAGUGAAGCCAGACAAGCAGCACUAUCAUUCUACCGGGUCCAUAUUCCCUGCCAGUUCUUCACAUCCGACAGAGAACACGUCCCGACGACCAUGACAUUCUAUUUCAACCCGGAAUACGACAUGCUCAGAUUCUUCUUUCGCAACACAGUGUCGGACGCCUUCAUCCACUUUCUCUAUCACCUGAAGCACACUUACGACCCGCAACGCGCUGGUCUCCUCAGACUGGCGGUGGACAUCGACAGUUUAAGUGACAACGCCUUGAGAAUCUUCGAUCUUUCACGCUUCGAAAACGAUGUAAGAGAAUGUGUGGUGGAUACUCUCAACCAGCUACAGGAGGUCUUCUUCAUCGAAGUGGUAUCCAUCGGACGCCAGAUCUUGGGCUACAUGAGCGGGAUCAACACAUCCGACAACAUGUUCAACCGCUCGUUCCCCAUACUGACCGCGACAACAUUAAAAUUUGACCGUCUUCCUCGGGACCCACGUCAUAUUGCCGAAGAUCUCGGUCAACUACACAUGGGGCAUGACCCGCGAAACAUGGUUCUUGUUUGGCGAGACAUAUUGAAGAAAUGGGCCGCUGUGCCAUCUCAGGCUGAAUAUAAAUUGCUAUUAGCAUUUUCGCCUCCAGGCCAGAACCUCGUUUCCGACCGCAAGAGCGCAGAUGCAUGGCUACAGAAUGAAGAGGAUGAAUGGACUGGGAAAUGGCGUCUUGGUGACAGAUUGGAGAAUGGGAAUUGGGCUUUGCGCUAUUGGGGGUCAACGGAUCGGUUUUCACACUGCCAGGUCGGUGCAUUGCACGAGAAGUACCGGAACGAGGACCUUGAGAAGGCCGUGAAGCCUGCGUUUGGGUUCUGGUUGUUUCCUCUUGAGGUACUCGGGUCUGUCACUGUGGAAGAACUUGAUCGAUGGAACUGGCCGGAACUAUGUAUAAUGACGGAUCACUGGCCGGAACUUGCACUGUCCGAUUUACCCGGGAAAUAA